GUGGCAGCUUCUGCUCUCAGGCCCGAUCCAGCCCCUGUUUGCAUUUUGUUCUGGACUUUCCACUUAUUUGCAUGUGAGAUAGGAAGCAGGUGAGCAGACAAAAGGCUGCAGGAAUGACUUCCUCAGUUUCUAUCUGGACUGUCUGAUCAUUCGGAGGAACAAUGCAGGCGCUGACUUCAUCAGAGGAGCCUGUGAGGGAGUGCAACCCUACACCUCAGUGUUGUGCUCAGCGCCGGAGCUCCACCCUGCGGCUUCGUGUCUGAUUGUGUGCGGGGGUGUUGCACUGCUGAAGGGGCGGGAGGCUGAAACUGUGAGCUGACGUCCACAGCAUCUAGGUGUGGCUUCGCAGGCUCUUCAGUGGGAUCCAGGAACUGCCGGCACUCAGACGCAGCAGCGGUUUGCAGAGGAAUCAUGGCAGAUACAGCAGCAGAGGAAGCAGCUCCCAAAUCCAAACAGCUGUGCGGCAGCUGCUCAGGUGAGCUGAGCGGAGUCGACGGAGACAAGGGAUGUCCAGAGUGUGUGAAGAAACAGAACGGGGCCCCCGAGGCCCCCGAGGCCCCCGAGGCCCCUGUGAUCAGCAGCAAAGAGAAGCAGAACCAGGACCCGAAGGCGGCCGAGGAGACCAAGAUCCAAGAAGACCUGAAGGAGUCCGAGGACGACAAGAAGGAGGACGAGGAGCCCAAAGAAGAGGAGGUGAAGGAGGAGCCGCUGGGCCCCGAUGAUGUGGUGUGCGACUCCUGCAUCGAGAGCCCCUGCAGGGCCCAGAAGUCCUGCCUCACCUGCCUGGUGUCGUACUGCGAGGCCCACCUCCGGCCUCACCUGGAGAACCCCAAGUUCCAGAACCACCGUCUGGUGGAGCCGCUGAGGGACAUCGAGCGUCGGACCUGCGAGAGCCACAAGUGGCCGCUGGAGCUGUUCUGCUGCGCCGACGGCUGCUGCGUCUGUCAGGACUGCGUGACGGAGGAGCACCGGGGCCACAACACGGUACCGGUGGAGGAGGCCCGGCGCCGCAUCGAG